GGAGAUUGCAGUCAGAUUUUUUUGAGUUAAGUCAGUACUACAGUGGUCACUCCAUCGCAUCUCAUGUUAAUUAUGUAACACAUUGGAGGUCCCACGUCGGUAACUUUCAAACUCAUGGCUGCUACUACUUUGCUUCUCCUCACAAAGAAAAUGCAGAAAUAAGGGAACUUGUGAGAACUAAUAUUCAUUCUGGUGUCUCUUCUUUGACUCCUUUGGAAAACCAAACACAAAACAGCACACCAAAAAGGUUAGAGUACCCACCACUUCAUCUUCCACUCAAAAACCUCCUUCAAGCAAUCCCUAUCUAAGAUCCAAAGAUAGUAUAGACUCAUGUGACUCUCAAUUCCUUGCUUAAAUAUGGGGUUACCUGCAUAACCCUCUUCAUCCAUUUACAUAUCUACCUCUUUCUCUUCUCCAUAUUGUUCUUUUCCUAAGGGUUUUGGGUGAUAGUUUGUGGUUUGUGUUCCAAUGGAACAGGGUCAAUGUUGGACUAAGAGAAAGUACUCUUUGAGCUCUAGUCUUAGUUCACCAACCAACCCUUCCUGUGGUGACUCAUGGGAAGAACAGGCUUUUGCAGAAGAUGCUGCUAAUUCUCUUGGUGGCUGUGUGUGGCCUCCAAGAUCAUACUCUUGUAGCUUUUGCAGAAGAGAGUUUAGGUCAGCACAGGCUCUAGGUGGCCAUAUGAAUGUUCAUAGAAGGGAUAGAGCAAGACUAAAGCAACAACCCUCAAGCCCCCACAAUGAAAUUCUAUGUCAUGACCUUCAAACUCAACUCCAUAUGCCAGUUCAAAGUCCUUUGGAUGAUUACCUAUACCCGUCUCCUGUUUGUGGAUUACCUUGUAAAAAAACUAAACCUAAUUCUUAUCAUGAUUUUGUUGCUUCACCUUCUUCACCCUCACAUUCGAAGGCUUUAUUAGCUCCAUCAGUUAAUAGUGGUAACUCCAGAGAUGAAACCGUGAUUCCGUUUUAUGAUUCCAGUGUUCUCCACAAGAUUUCUCCUAUCAGUAACUCUUCCGAAUCCUGGCCAUGUUUAGCUGAAGAUCAUAGAUUAUAUUCAUGUAAGUUCCAUCCUCAAGCUGAUACGAAGAAAUCCUCCAAGGGCGAUACGGAUGAUAUUGAUGGGGAUAUGAUCUUGAAUUCAGUUGUGUGUAGCACUCACCCAUCUUUGCAGUUUGAGAGUACUAAAGAGGCAGAUCAUAUCAGUUACAAGAAGAAGAAAACAGAUGCUUCCUCAUCACCAUUUUCACCAAAGUCAAGCUCAGUUGACAGACAUCAUAUGCAGACAAAGAUGUUUGAAUUUAGCCCUAGCUCAGUGGAAGAGCUAGAUCUGGAGUUAAGGCUUGGUAACAGGUCCAAGGUAUAGCAAGUAGCAUAAACAGAAAACCACCCCACUGUUAAUGAAUAUAUAUAUAUCUAUUCUCUUUUUAUGUUCAUCCUAGUUUGAUUUCACUUCUUUUAAUACUUCACAAUAUUAAGGAAGCUUUUCAUCAUGCUUGAUUGGAUCUCCUGAGUGCCUCUAAAUAUACACAUCUGCAAUGUGUCAAUCAAGAUAACAAUGCUGCAAUUAUAUUGACAGGCUUGUAAUCUUCCUUUUUGUAGAUAGAGGCCAAACGGUGGAUUGUUUUUAAUAAAUGCAGAUUAAAUGA